AAUACUUGAAUAAAACGCUUGUCGGCUCAACUUUAGAGAGAGAAAGGCGGAGCCGAAGUUGCAGAAAUUUUUUUGUUGUUCCUUCCUCUCUUCUCAGCGGGAAGAGAUCGCCUUCCCUUCGCUCCUCCUUCUUCUCCCCUGAAUUUAAUUUUCUUUUGAUAUCUUCUCUACUCAUAAUUACGAUUCUCGUUUCAAUCCCCUUUAGAGUAAAAUUUCGAUCUCCAAUUUUGUUGCUCCGUGUCUUCCUCAAUGGAGGGUUUUUUUGGCAAAUUGAAGAAACUGGAUGCGUACCCUAAGAUCAACGAGGACUUUUACAGCAGGACUCUCUCCGGAGGCGUAAUAACCAUCGUUUCGUCCAUCGUCAUGUUUCUCCUGUUCAUCUCCGAGCUAAGAUUAUAUCUUCGCCCGGUAACGGAAACAAAGCUUCUAGUGGAUACUUCUAGAGGAGAAAGGCUUCGGAUCAAUUUUGAUAUCACUUUCCCUGCACUUCCUUGUUCAAUAGUCAGUCUUGAUGCCAUGGAUAUCAGUGGAGAAGAACACCUCGAUGUGAAACAUGACAUAAUUAAACGGAGGAUUGAUUCCCAUGGCAAUGUAAUUGAAGUUAGACAAGAUGGAAUUGGUGCUCCAAAGAUUGAGAAGCCAUUACAGAGACAUGGUGGGAGACUAGAACAUAAUGAGACUUAUUGCGGUUCAUGCUAUGGUGCAGAAGUGUUGGAUGAUGACUGUUGCAAUUCUUGUGAAGAGGUCCGUGAAGCAUAUAGAAAGAAAGGUUGGGGGAUGUCAAACCCUGAUUUGAUUGAUCAGUGUAAGAGAGAGGGGUUUCUGCAAAGAAUUAAAGAUGAAGAAGGUGAAGGAUGCAAUAUCUAUGGUUUCCUAGAUGUCAACAGAGUUGCUGGGAAUUUUCAUUUUGCCCCCGGAAAAAGCUUUCAACAAUCAAAUGUUCAUGUGCAUGAUUUACAGGCAUUCCAAAAGGAUAGUUUUAAUUUAAGCCACAAAAUAAACAAAAUUGCAUUUGGAGACUUCUUUCCCGGUGUGGUAAAUCCUCUUGAUGGUGUUCAGUGGAUACAAGAAGCACCAUAUGGGAUGUACCAAUAUUUUAUUAAGGUUGUUCCCAGUGUUUAUAAUGACUUAAAUGGGCAGAAAAUUCAAUCUAAUCAGUUCUCUGUGACAGAACAUUUUAGGGCUGGUGAGGUUGGUAGGGUUCAAGCCCUUCCUGGAGUAUUCUUCUUUUAUGAUCUUUCCCCAAUUAAGGUGACUUUCACGGAGGCGCAUGUGCCAUUCUUACACUUCCUAACUAACGUGUGUGCAAUUGUUGGAGGAAUUUUCACUGUUUCAGGAAUAGUUGAUGCGUUUGUAUACCACAGCCAAAAAGCUAUAAAGAAAAAGAUGGAAAUAGGCAAAUUCAGCUGAUUAUUGAAUCCCUUUAUCAGCUCUGCUGCAUUGAGAAUCUGCUGGAGAGGCUGCAGAAACUGAAAGCUUUCAUCUUUCCAAACUGGAUUGCUCAACUCUCAAAUCAAAAACUGAGUUUUGGGUCCAAAAAUGGAGCUUUCUGAUGUUUAUUUUCUUCAAUGUUUCUCCUCAUUCGGAUUCUGUACUCUGAUAUUUAAUUUUUGGCUAUUUGAAUUGUGGAUUUCUUAUGCAUUCUGUAUAGGAAUAGUUUGGUGUUAGGAAAGGGGAGAUUUGGGUAUAGAGUGAACUUUGUAGGAAUACCGCUUUGUAGGAAAAUAUGGAAUUUUUAUUAUUUUUUUUGGAGUUUGGAUUGAAUUUAAAGGGUUAUCUUGGUGAUCUUGUUGAAGAUGUUAAUGAUAGUUAUGAUUUGUUCAUGUAUUAUUAGGGUUUAUUGAGUUGUUUGUAGUUUGAAUUUAUGUUUUGAAAA